CCCAUUAAACCUCAUUAUCUCUGAAAAUCUGCCUGGUACCAACUGAAACGGAGCCGAGAGGAGUAUAUAAACCUUUAAAUCCUCAAUUACCUAAAAUCCCCGCCCGAUUUUUGUUUGGAGCUUGGUCAUCCGACGACGGAAGAGUAAGACCUACUGAAAAUGCAAGAGGAGUCUCUGCAAAUCCGAAGAUUUGAGGAUCUUCCUUCUGCCUCCGAUUUCGAGUCUCUCGUUGAGUCCAAAAACGUUCCGGCUGUGUUUAGCGGAUGUGUUAAAGAUUGGGAAGCGUGUUCCAAGUGGAAUCCUUCUAAUGGCGGCCUCGACUAUUUGGAGGCACGCGUAGGAACAUCCAUUGUGGAGGUGAUGCUAUCAAGGUCUGCACCAGUCUUUUAUGGUGAUCUUAGAAGCCACGAAAGGGUACCGUUACAAUUUUCAGCAUUUAUCCAAUUUUGCAAGCGACACAUGGAGGAGGAAGAUGAUGGUGGUGGUGUCAAAUUUGAACUAGAAGGACAUCAGGUGACAGCAUCUAACAUGGACAAAACAUGCUUGCUUCCUGGGGAGGCUGCUCCACAACAGAUCUAUUUAGCCCAGGUUCCGAUGAUGAACAGUGAGAAUGAAGAGAAGCUUCAACUGGAACUUCUGAAUGAAGACAUUCAAACACCUAAGUUUUUGGAGGCAAAGAAACUGUCUUCUAUUAACCUGUGGAUGAACAGUGCUCAAGCUAGAUCAAGCACUCACUACGAUCCACACCAUAAUCUUCUAUGUAUAGUCACUGGCUGCAAACAAGUUGUUUUAUGGCCUCCUUCUGCAAGCCCCAUGUUAUACCCAAUGCCUCUGCAUGGAGAGGCCUCGAAUCAUAGUUCUGUUGCUCUAGAAAACCCUGAUUUUUCAAUUUACCCAAGGGCAGCACAUUCCAUGGAAUGCUCGCAGAAGAUUAUUCUUCAUGCAGGUGAUGCACUUUUCAUCCCUGAAGGCUGGUUUCAUCAAGUAGAUAGUGAUGAUAUGACCAUUGCAGUAAACUUUUGGUGGCAAUCCUACAUAACAACCAGCUUGUCAGAUCACAUGGAUGCCUACUAUUUGCGCAGAAUAUUAAGAAGAUUGACAGAUAAAGAAAUGAACUUGGUACUGCCCAAGGCUGGUUCUGCUGUUGUGAAAAGUCUAAAGGGGCAUAAACAUGAGCUACCCCAGAACGGAGAAGCAGGUCACAUGACUAUUGAGCAUGAUUUGAACCAGGCAAGUGGUAGAAAGCAGUUGAAAAAGAAAGAACCACAGCAGAGGAUUCUGUUGCAUGAACUGGAACCUGGUGCCCUUCAGGCCCUUCAUGAACUUGUUUCUUUAGUCCAUGAAUGUGUUAAUGUUGUUGAUCCAAGUCAGCCUGUGCAGUGCUCUUCAGCAAAAAGUUCUUCACUUGGUAGAAACAGUGAUAACAAUCGGAUCUCAAGAACUAAAAUGUUUCAGUUGGAGGAUGACCCAGUUGCCCAAAUUCUUUGGAAAAUUGAUCCGUGUACACUUCAAAAGAUCCUUCUUACAUUAGCGCACAAUUUCCCCAGAACGCUAGAGGCUUUAAUACUCCACAUGCUCUCCCCAGUGGGGGCCGAAGUUCUUACUCAGAAGUUUGAUGGGAUUGAUCAACAGACGAGUGAAGAAGAUCGGAACAACUUUUAUCAGGCCUUUUAUGGUGCAUUUGAUGACCAAUUUGCUGCUAUGGAUGCGAUUCUAACUGGGAAAGAAUCAUUUGCACAUCAGGUGGCUUGGGAGCAUGAACUUUUUAUGCAUUCAAGAACGUGUUGGAAAAAUAUUUGGGAGUCAAUUCAGAUAUGCUAAAACCAUCAGCUGUAUGAAACAUGGUUAGCACUAUUUUAAAGAAAUUUGGCCCCACCAGCAAUCUCAAGAUAGUGGUAAAUGAAGGCAUAUUCAUGGAAGAGGCUUUCUGUCGCAAUCAGUACUUUGACAUUGUGAGUAAUCCAUGAGUUUAUGGAAUAUGAAUAAUUGCAGACUGUGAAUCUUUGAGCUGUGUAAUAUAAUCAAUGUUAUUUUAAUUUAAAAAUGCAUGAUAAUUAAAUCCAUUUGGAAUUCUGUCU